GAAAUAGACAUACAGGACGUAGCCGUAUUGGCAUAUCAUACUUGGGUAUUCGAACACGGUAGGAUUUCAUGACGGUUUUCAUAAGUCUUGGAGGCCAUUUUGGCGACGCCAUGGAAGGGGAGAAGGUAAGAAGAGCGGCAACAAGGAUAAACAACUGCGCUCAUGUCUACCUCAACGACCGCAACCUCGACCUUUACCCUUCAGAAAUAUUCCCGGUCCUACCCCACUUCGACUGGCUCAGAAUGGCAGCAUUUUACCAAUCCGACUAUUCGGCUCGUACUUGAUGCGAAAAACGCGUCUGGAGGAGAUCUCGAAUCUGUGAGGCUCCGUAUCAUCUGGACAAUGGACAAUGGCGACCCAAUGGAUACCACUGCCGGAAACCAAGUCUUGUUUGAAGACCUUGAUCUACUCUCCUUUUCUUCCCUUCCAUUUCGCCAGCAUCAGAGGCAAUCACAGGGCCUUCCUCUCAAAGCUGUCUAUCGAGACUUGGUCGUUGGCAUUCGCUAUCUUCAUCCCCGAGAAUACUCUGCCAAUCCGACUUACCGGCGCUUUCAGAUAACGUUCAUCUCUACUGCUUCAGUCUCUCAAUUCAUCAAUGCAAUUCGAACUGUCUGUCCUUGCAAAGCUAACGCUGCUCCUACCCGUGCUCCUGUGGAACCUUCUCUCGCACCUCUUCAACAUUCUAGCACUCUUCGACCGACGCUUCCUCUCGGUUCAAUUACAUCGUCUCAAACUCCUUAUCUUCGUCAAUAUCCUACUGUGCCUGUAUUCAACAACCCUGAUUUGACCUUUGCUGCUUCCCAAACUGAAAUUCCUCGCCAAGAAGUUCCUCAAUCUGGCCAAGAUAUCCCGUUACAUACUCUAUCUUCGUCUCCGGGUUUUCCGUCGCUGCUACCGCCUAUCGUGCUCAACAGCACUAGUUCUCCUCUACCAACAAGCACACCGCCCGCUCCGAAACCGGCUGAGUCGCAGUCAUCCCUGAACAGCGCAUCCCAUGCGUCUAUCGUUCCCACAUCCGCAUCAAUCAUGGAGCCUGCUGCUUCCCAGUCGACUUCAAAUACUGCUAUCAAGGAUGCUGUUCUUUCAUCUCUCCGCGAAACAACGCAACUAUACGGUCUUCCACGAUCCGACUUGGAACAUUUGGUUAGCGAUAUAAUACACGAAGAUGGUUUCUCGCAUCUGCUGACGACCUUGUCGACAAUGUGGAAGGUUAAGAGCUACAUGGGAUGACUAAAAAUAUAAUAGAUUGUAUGUACAUACAAUCCCGCGUUAAUUUUCUAUAUAUAACACCGUACUUGGGCGGAACCAUGGCAAAAGAAACAAUACAGCGUUCGUCUCAACGGAUCGAACGUGUUAGUG